AUGGUAUGCGCCCGCAAGAAAGGAGAGAGCCCCGUCACCUCCAAUUGUGUCGCCAAUGGACAGACCGGCAUCUACCUCUACCACACGAUUGCCUUUGGUUUCGAGCAUGCUCUAGAGGCCUGUAAACUGCGCGGUGGCCGACCUAUUCUCUCAUCGGGUGGCGAGAGAGCAUGCGCAGCCAAACUCCUGACCGAAUCCAAAAUCCUGCGCGAUAAUGAUGUGAGCGGCGUGGAACUGUUCACCAACGAUACAACCCUUGAGUCGGGAAAGAGGUUCUGUCACUACCUCAAGGUAUCCACCAAUACCGCGGUGAAAUACGAAUGCAACUUGAACAAGCCAGUGGUUUGCGUGAGCUCUAAGGCACGGAGCGCCGAUAGUGGAGAUUUGCCACAACCGUCGCUUGAAGUGGAAGAAGAUGUGGCACCAAGCUCCGAUAGAGAAACGCCCACAGCAGAAGAAGAAGGUGUUGUGGAGUGCAAAGGGUAUCGACUGCAAUUGCACAGAGAAGAAAACAAAUUUGAAGUUUCCACCAGCACCUGCGCCCAGAGCGGUAUGCGACUUUUCAGGCGCAAGGAUCGCAAAGCACUGAAGAAAUCCCAGUGUUUCAAGAAAUUACUGGGAUCUAACCAGGGGCUUCUUGUCUGGAUGCGAGUAAAGAACUCCAAGACAGCUACAAUGGAUCUCUCAACCGGAGAGGACGGGCCAGAGCAAUCCACAGCUGCCUCCCUAUGCGCUAAGGCACCAAGCGCCGAAAGUGGAGAUUUGCCACAACCGUCCCUUGAAGUGGAAGAAGAUGUGGCACCAAGCUCCGAUAGAGAAGCGCCCACAGCAGAAGAAGAAGUAUCUAAAUCCCAAAGCACAAGCGCAAAGGGCCUGCCUCUCUUUAGUUCAGGUGUUGUGGAGUGCAAAGGAUAUCGACUGCAAUUGCACAGGGAAGAAAACAAAUUUGACGUUUCCGCCAGCACCUGCGCCCAGAGCGGUAUGCGACUUUUCAGGCGCAAGGAUCGCAAAGCACUGAAGAAAUUCGAGUGUUUCAAGAAUUUACUGGCAUCCAACCAGGGGCUUCUUGUCUGGUUGCGAGUAAAGAACUCCAAGACAGCUACAAUGGAUCUCUCAACCGGAGAGGACGGGCCAGAGCAAUCCACGGCUGCCUCCCUAUGUGUUCUGAAGCCGACGAGGAAAGCCGGAGAGGCAAAAGACUCGCACGACCAAAGGAAGGGUUUCGUCCACUCUCAAUAAUAGAAAGGACAAGCAACCUCAUUAGCUGAUAGCAGUUAUCAAACACUCUCUUCACACCAGGGGCGUGGUGUACAUCGUGUCUGCGUGUGUGUGUGUGUGUGUGUGUGUGUGUGUGUGUGUGUGUGUGUGUAUGUGCAACAUCGUCACUCGUCAGUCACCUACAAUGUCCAGAGACUUGCCUACUCUUUGUCCUGCAACCGUCCAGAAGAGAGGACGGCUACUCAGGAAUUAUUGUAGUUUCUCGCUGGACAAUGGGGAUCUAGCGCGGUUUGUGCCUCCUAGAACAUUCAGGACUGGAUUUGGCGAGACAGCCAUAUCGCUAUUCAAAACACACCCAAUUGGAAAGAACGUUAACAUCGUACUUCUGUAAUCUUGUAGACGACUUUGAGAUGCUAACGCGCGUGUGCACGAGCGUGUGCAUAUGUACAUAUGUGUGUGUGUGUGUGUGUUCGAAUGCUUUAAAGUAGAUGUUUAGAUAUGUAUCAGAAUAUGUGUGCACGUGUACUAUUUUUUGCUGUUUCUUGUACAUCCCAAGAGUGUGUAAGUCCACUAUGGGUGCUACACUGACCUGAUUCAUUGCAAGUUAGCAUCACUUUGGUGUUGCAGUGUGCAUUGUCUGAAGGUAUGAUUGUAUUUUCAGACUAAAGUA